AUGGAAGAUCCAGUCUCCGAAAUCCCAACGGUAAUCCAACACCUCACGCAAUCGCCCCCGACGCAACAAUCCCAGACCAUCGACAAGUUCUUCACCCCAGAUGCCUCCUUCGUCCACCCUUUCUGCCGGAUCCAGCAUUUCCGAGGCAGUCGCUGGGUCGUGAAGAAGAUCUACCAAUGGUAUAAAGUGAUGUCGCCGCGCAUUGAAAUGAAGAUCCACUCUAUUGCAUAUGAUUCCGACAACCAAAAACUCUACGUGACAAUGUCUCAGAUCUUCACGAUCUGGGUCGUUCCAUUUCAUGUUGCGCCUGUGACGCUUACGACGGUGUUAUCGCUGACUACGAAUCCGAAUGGUUACUUAUCUUCUUCCCAUUCUGCCACUGCGUCCUCGGAAAAAUCACACGAGCCAAAAGAAGAAGAAGGAGCAAGCUACGCCGACGUCGUCGCCAACGGCAACCCAGAUAGCAAAACGCCCCUAACCACCCACACAAACGGUCACCGUAAGCUCUACUAUAUCACCAAACAAGAGGAUCUUUAUCAAACAUCAGAAUUCAUCAAGUUUGUCCUCCCACACAUCGGGCACUGGAUUGUAUUGGCGAUGCAUGCGUUCGCGACAGUGUUCUGUGUGCUGGGGGUCUUUCUGUUGUGGCCGUUGGUGUGGAUGGAGGAGAAGGGGUGGAUUCCCGGGUUGGUUUUGAGGGGUGGAAAUAUUGUAUAUGAUAUUGGGUGGAAGAAAAGAGCGAUUGGGAUUUGUUAUCAGUUCGCCCAAACGGGGUCCUGCAAGUUUGAGAAUUGUCGAUAUCCCCAUGUGGCUGGUCCGUCAAAGCCUGCCGGCAAAGGAAGCAACUCGAGAUCGAGUGCGCGAAGACAGCAACCCAGGAAUGGAACCAACGACGUUAACGGCCUUGCCGCUUGGAAGCGAAAAGCCCCCAAGAGCCGAUUGGCUAUACGUCCACUGGGUGCGGAACUGGGCCAGUUCUUCGCAACGGCCAGAAAGCUGAUAGAAGUUGACGACGACAACACAGCCCAAGAAGUGAUCCAAUGUCUCGCCCACGAGGGCGGCCUGCAACGAAUCCAGGAACUCAUUCAGCGUGACUAUUCCCUGAUGUUAAAUGCCACCAAACGAGAUGUGUUCCAAAGGCAGUUCCUCCCCUUUCUCGAGAGUAUCACCCACCAUAAGGUCCUCGCGUCGUUGGUGAUGGAGGAGUUCGUGGUUAGAAUCUACAACUGUAUCUUCGGACCAGCCGGCCAUCGUGCAGAGCCAUUUCUGAAUUUUCUGGCCGAUGUGGUGCAGCUGGACGUUGAGCUCCACUCAGAUGCAACCUCGACCUACCUAGAACUAUCGCUCCUCGUGUUUUGCAAGAUUGUCGAGCUGAACUCGACUGCGUUCAUCCUGGAGCCGUUGAGGCCGGUAGCGAGGCGGUUUUAUGACCUCUUCAUGAUCCUUCAUGCCUUGAAGACUGCUGGGUCACUAGACAGACCGCGGCAUCACCUGGAAGUACUACAACGCCGGCUGGAGAUCGGAGCUGCCCUACCACCUUUGCUGGGAGACUCAAAGCCUCUACAAGCCCAUAAAUCUCAUGCAGCCUUUGUCACUCCUAAAGACCCGCCUGGCGGUCGCCACGACAACGAUCAUGCGGACAUUUGCAGAAUCCAGAUUAUGCCUACUUUCAAGGAAAUAAUGAGUCCGCGUUCAGAAUAUCUCCCUGGGAAAGACCCACACCAGUGGCAUAUUGGUGGUCUCGCCGGGCUCUUGGACCGAAAUUUUCGGCUGUUGAGGGAGGACACCAUCGGUCAGCUUCGAGACGUUAUUCAUGCUGAGCUGAGCCCCAGUCACUUGAGAGAUGUGCGGAAGAGCCAAGUUAGGACAAAUGUCUAUCAGAACGUCCAGGUACGGGGUCUGGGUUUCGAUCGUUUCAUGGGAUUACAAUUUGUCGUCCAGUUUGCACAACCGUUGAAUGUCAGGACCAUGUCGGAAGCUCACCGCAGAGACUGGUGGGAGCUAUCGAAAAGAUUACAGUCCAGUGCCCUCGUCUGCCUCACGGAUCCGCGAGGAUUUGCCAUCUUUUGCACCGUCGUCGGGCCAGAGCGGCCCAGAACGGAUGCGAGGCAAGAACGACGGCAGAGGAAGGUCUCAUCGCUGUGGAAGGAGGCGAAUGUUGCAUCUGUGACCAUGGAGUUAGUGGAACCGACUGAGGAGAAUCGGCAGUAUAUCCUAGAUUGUUAUAGGCCGCGCAACAGUGAACGCGCAUGCUCUCUAAUUGAGUUUCCAGGGAUUUUAUUGCCAUCAUUCCAACCAACCUUAAAGGCACUUCAGUCAAUGAAAAAAGCUGCAGACCUUCCGAUGUCCGAAUUCCUCGCUCCAGACGAGAUGUUUACCGGCCAAGUAGAUAUGCCACCUCCCAAGUAUGCGGCAGUGCCAGGGUUUAGCUUCAACCUACGCUGUCUUAUGAACGACCGUUCGGAUCUCCUAGUGAGCCCGUCGCAACCCCUUGACUUGAAGAAGCUCCAAGAGAAGUCUACUCUUGAUAAUGCCCAGGCACAGGCUCUUGUCCACACCCUUCAGCGAAAGAUAGGGCUCAUUCAAGGCCCACCAGGAACGGGCAAAAGCUUUACUGGAGUCGCUCUGAUCAAGGUCCUACUAGCCAACAAGCCAAAAGUAAAACCACGACUUGGCCCCAUCGUCUGUGUCUGCUACACAAAUCAUGCUCUCGAUCAGCUUCUAGAAGGCCUAUUGGAUGAUAAAAUCACGACCCAAAUUAUCCGUAUCGGCUCACAAUCCAAAUCAGAAAGACUGCAGCCACUCAAUCUCAGAACCGUAGUUCGACAGAUUGACAAAACAAGGCUGGAGAAGCAGGAGCAGUGGAAGCUGCAAGUGAACUUUGAUGAUUAUGAAAACAGUUUUGACGCACUUAAACUCGAUGCUAUAGGCACCGAUCAAAGCUUGGAGUUCUAUCUAAAGCGAAACCAUCCUCGCCAGUAUAGUCAACUAUUCGACGAGGACAAGCAUGGUUUUCGGAAGGUUUCUAAUCGACGCCGUCAACACCUUCUACAGACGUGGCUCAAAACUGGUCCAGCAACUAAGGGCCAGCCGCGUUCAGUGGACCUCCUCCUUCAGCAGGUCCAUGUAGACAACAUGACGUCCAAGGAGCGCAAGGUUCUAUACAAACAUUGGAUCAGAGAGAGUAGAGAGGAACUCCAUACUCAAGUUCACUCGAUCUUGGCGUCGCACCAGGAAAACAAAGCAUCCUAUGAUAAGAUCCGAGACGAGCUAGAUCUGCGAUGCUUGCGCAAUGCUGAUGUGAUAGGAGUCACAACGACUGGCUUAGCCCGCAAUCUGAACAUGCUGCGCAGACUGCAAUCGAAGGUGAUUAUGUGCGAGGAGGCAGGCGAGGUCCUAGAAGCUCAUCUGCUCACCUCGCUUUUACCAUCGGCCGAGCAUGUCAUCCUGAUCGGAGAUCAUCAGCAACUGCGGCCUCAGAUCCAGAACUAUGGGCUUUCUCGGGAGAGCAGGGCAGGACAACAAUACUCUUUGGAUCGCUCGCUGUUCGAACGGCUUGUCAAACCGGACGAUGAUGUUGGCAUAAGUCUUCCAUUCUCUACACUGGAAAUCCAACGACGAAUGCAUCCCUCAAUCGCACAGCUGGUCCGAAGCACAUUGUACCCUCGCUUACAAGACGCACCUUCAGUUAGCCUCUAUCCCGAAGUUGCAGGGAUGAGAAAGAGGCUUUUCUGGCUUGACCACCGACGGCCUGAAGGCAACUCUUCGGUCCAGGAUGCCAUGGCAACAUCUCACUGGAAUGAUCAUGAGAUUGAAAUGACACUGGCUCUAGUAAACCAUCUGCUCCGCCAGGGAGAAUACCAAGCAGGAGACAUAGCUGUUCUGACUCCAUAUCUUGGCCAGCUUCACCGAAUGAGGCGUAAACUAAGCCAAGCAUUCACGAUCACCCUAGGAGAAAGAGACCAGGACGACCUUGACAAGGCAGGGUUCGCGGAGGAUGAAAGACCGACGACACCAAGCACAGUGUCCAGAUCAACCCUCCUGCAGGCAUUGAGAGUUGCAACUAUAGACAAUUUCCAGGGUGAGGAGGCAAAGGUGGUGGUGAUCUCUUUAGUGAGAAGCAACGCUCAAAAUCGAUGUGGCUUCCUCCGCACACCGAAUCGCAUCAAUGUUUUGCUUUCACGGGCACGCCAUGGAAUGUAUAUUAUCGGCAACUCGGAAACCUCAAGGGGUGUGGACAUGUGGCAUAAGGUUCUUAACAUCCUCGAAGAACAUGAUAAUUUUGGCACAAGCUUAGAGCUCAGAUGCCCUCGCCACCCUUCUACUCCUAUCGUGAUCAUGAGCAAUGCAAGCAAAGGUGUGGCCGUUUGUAUUCCACAUGUGCCCAUUCCUGCGCUGCAGAAUGCCACGGGGACACUCCGUGUCCGCCAUGUACGGCGCCCUGUGACGUCCAGUGUGGUCACUCCAGAUGUCCUAGGACAUGUUCCGAGCCAUGUGCCCCUUGCGCAGUAUCAAAAUGUCUGUCUGCAUGUCCACACAGCGCCUGUUCCAUGCCUUGCGCCGCGCCGUGUGAUCACAUUCCAUGCUCUCGCCGAUAAAUUCUGCCAAACAUGUGCGACCGACGAAAUUAAGGAUAUGUCUGUAGACUUCAUCUUGGGUCAGACAUACAAAGAGAUUGACCUGGAGGAAAAUCCUUGCAUAUUUCCCCCAUGUGGACAUUUUCUGACCGUGGAAAACAUGGAUGCCCAAAUGGACCUUCGGAAACACUAUGUGCUUGAUGAAAUGGGAAAGCCGUUGUCGAUUUCCAAAUCAUCAGAGCCGUUCUCCAUCUCGGACGUUCCGAACUGUGCCACCUGUCGAGGUUCCCUAAGAAGUAUAUCCCGAUAUGGGAGACUGGUGAGGCGUGCCUUGUUAGACGAAGCGACGAAGAAAUUUAUUCUGUAUUUGAAUCAGAAGUACGUACCUAUGGCUCAAGAGCUUGCCCAAUUGGUGGCUCAGCUGCCAGACCACGAAGGGGCAGCGGCAGCUAAAGCAUUCCAAAAUGACCUUACUCUAAGGAUUCAAGGGCCACCUGACCACCAAAUCCGAUUGAUGCACCAGCAUCUCAGGAAGCAUGAUUCGACAAGAUGGAAAGAUAUGAUCCUCCUGCGCCAUCAGGUUACAGAGUACUACAAGAAAGUCAAGGUGGAGGAGCAGCCCUUCAAUCAAGUACGCAACAUGGUGAAAGAUGCCCGUCGUCGAAAACGAAAAACUGGGCAAUUCGAAUUCGACGAGACCGUGCUCCAGACGAAAGGCUGCAUUCAAGCAGCUUCGCUGUUACUUCGCCUCGAUACAGCAUUGAUUGGAGACUUCCUCUCUUUGUAUAAUCAAACUCCUGGCGGGUCCAACAAAUGCGUUCUCCGCCUUGACCUCCAGGAAAACCGAAAGGAGGCUGAAAAGCUGACGGCCAUGGCUGUCAACUCACAGCGCGUAUUGCAACAGGUCGAGGGCUACCUUUUCGGCGCUCAGCUGUGUGCCCUAGAGCGCCAAAGCAGCGAUCAGCCAACUCGGGCAGAGGAUCUUCUGAAUGAGGGUAACGAGUGCAUUGAACAAGCUCAAAAGCUGUGUACGGCCCACCCUGGUCAGGUACAUGGAUUUGCAGACGAAAUCGAGGGUACAUUGAAGAUGCUCCGCGGCGGUACUUUUUACACGCCCGUGACCAGUGAAGAGAGAAUGGCCGUUGUGGCUGCCAUGGCACGGGAAUUCAGGGGAACUGGACACUGGUAUCGUUGCGUGAACGGCCAUUUUUUCACCAUCGGAGAAUGCGGUGGCGCUAUGCAAAUCUCCACCUGCUCGGAAUGUGGUGCACAGAUAGGUGGCCGAGGCCAUCAAACAGUCGCUGGAGUGACCCCGGCCGCUGAUUUGGAAGAGAAUUUGGCCCGGCUAAUAAUUUGA